AUGCCAUCAGAGGUCAGGACGAAGUUAUAUCAAUCCAAGAUGUACGCCGAUUCUCAACCUGUGGACUUGGGAAUGAGUCUGGUGCUCCCUGUCAAUCUAGCACGCUUCGGCACAGGUUACCUCGCCGAGAAUCCCGUGGCUGGCGUGCUCCUCUCCCUCCUCGCCUUCUUCGUCCUCAUUGCUGUCCUGGCGGUGCCCAUCUCCUCUCUCUUCGGCAUCGACAUCUUCCCUGGUCUUGUGCCUCACGCGCGGUCCCUGGGAGGCAGUGUGAACUUUUCUGACAUGCUGGAGAGUCUGACUGGAUCCAGGACGGUGCAAGACUUCAUGGACACGCCGCUGGAGGACUUCGUGAGGCGGGUCCUAGGAGGUGACCAGCGGGAGGGACGCGCCAUGCAGACUGUGGGUGACUUGGUGGGGCGCGCUGCCGAGGCUGCCACGCCGGUGCUCUCCGUGCUGGACUACGAGAAUGCCUUUGCCGCGGUGCAGGUGCCAGGGGAGCAGUGCCGUCACCGCCUCAUGUGUCACGUCCAUACCCAGGUCAGCAAGCUGCCGGCACUCCUGCAGAAGGCUUACAGCUUUGUCGGGCCGCUCAUGCACCACCACCAGAACUACUCCCGGGCCAUCCUGACAGGUCUCUCUGGCGGGGACUGCAACGAAACCUUCUCGGCGUGCCCCUACAGUGCCCUUCAAAUGACUGCCUUCGUCCCCUUCCUACGUAAAGGCAGCCACACCAACUCUCUUUAG